UGCACAUUGUUAGAUUAUUAUUUUGCAAGACUUGUGAUACAAACAUGUCUUCAAACGCAAUCAAAUUCACUUUUGGCGUUUUAUUAAUCUGCUUUACUGUGGAUUUAAGUAAUUCUGCAUUUGUUGAUAGCUUGUCGAAAUGUGGUAUCAAAGACAGUAAUUGUCAAAGGAACCUGAUAAAAAGCGCGCUUCAACGAAUUGGAAAUACUGGUAUACCAGAACUAAACAUACCACCCAUUGAUCCUAUACAAAUUCAGGGUGUGUCAGUUGUUAUCUUGAAUUUGGUUAACAUCACAUUGAUCGACGGAGUUGUUAAGGGCAUAAAGGACUGUGAAUUUACCAAAUUCGAACUUGAUAUUGAAAAGGGUAGAGGUAGUCAAGAAUUACAAUGUGAUGUAACAAUCAAGGGACAUUAUCAUGUAGUGGCUACAUCUCCGGAGAUCGGAGCUGUUCUCGGAGGAUCCGAAAUAGUAGGAGAUGGCAACGGAAAAGUUAAAAUAGACAAACUUCAACUUGCAUUUGACUAUCCUGUACAUGUAUUUAAAAAGGAUGACGGUGAAAUUUACAUUGAAUCCGACUACAACAAAACGGCAGAAAAAAUCGAUAUUUUGGGAAAAGUUACCUUUGAUGCAGACAACCUUUAUAUAGGCAAAGAGGACGUCAGCAAGUUAGCCGUCAACUACCUGAAUGAUAAUUGGAAGUUUAUAAUGAAAACUUUUGGAAAAGUUUUCAUUGAUAAGGCUACCGAGUUUUACAAUCGUUUUGAAAAGAACUUCUUUGAUUCAGUUCCAGCGAAGCAUUACCUUUCUGAUGACCUGACACCUUAUCUGUGAGAUUCACAAGUAUAAAAACAUUAGUAGAUAAUAAAGUUAUAAAUGUUUUCCAUUAUAUUUGAACAAUAAAGGAAAGUAUA